UACUCCACAUGCUCUCAUAAAGUAACAUCCGUUUGAAGCAAAGAUACAUGAAACCAAUGUUUAAAACGAGUAAACACGUGGAAGUGAGAUAAAAGUAACGAGAAAAGUUCAACAAUAUUUUGUACUUAUAAAUAAUUUUUAAUUGAUAUCUUUAUUUCAUUUAUUAAUACUUAUUAAUUAUUAAUACAUAUUAAUUUAUAAUGUGGAAAAAAAAUUCACACAAUUUUUUUAGAAGAAAUAUCAAACAUCGAAUGACACACAGAUGCACAUUGCUCUUUAUCACUAACGGUGAUAUAUCUCACAAAUGGUGGGGGAAUUUGCACAGUGUGGUUAAAAGGAUAUACUUUUAAAACGGAAUUUUAGUGUUUUACGUGAGUCUAUCGUAUAAUGAGCGCGAGAGAACGAUUAAAAGGGUCUACGCGCCAUGUGAGUACUGAAAGAUAAAUAAAAAGAUAUGAGUAUGAGAUAUUUUUCGUAUGUCAUAAAGCGUGAAUUAAUCAUAAAACUAGAUGAAAUCAGAGACUAUUCUCGGCCCGUUUUUACUGGAACAUUCACCGUUUGGCAAGAAUUUUUGUUAGAAAAGGAAAGCGUUUUUUGGAGCAUAGUACGCUUAUUUGAUUAUUUAUUACGAGGUUUCAGUCAAGUUGUAUUUGCAAAUAAUCCAAUUAGUGGAUUAUUGAUAACGAUUUCUUUAGGAGUUAAUGCACCAGGUACGUUACUCCUCUCAGCAAUCACUGGUUUCCUAGGUCUUCUAUUAUCUGUGCUAAUACGAGAUUCAGAGGAAAAUAUCGCAAAUGGGUUAACAGUGUUAAAUCCAUUAUUAGUCGGUGCGAUAUCGUCCAGUUUAAUACCAAGUAUCUAUGGACCAUUCGAUGGUUUUAGUCUACUACUGAUCAUUCUGGGAACGAUCUUUAGUGUUUACUUGACCCGCUCUUUCAGAAACAAUAAGUUACCAUUCAUAGCAUGGCCGUUUAAUCUGGCUGAAUUUGCGUUACUCUUGGUCCUUUAUACCAAAGACAAUGGACUUGAUACGUCGGAGGAACUGCAACCAGUUACGAGAAUGGACAAUGCAACAAGUGAUGCGACGACAGGCAAUAUCAGUUUCAUCGGAGAAAAUGCGACAGGGAUACACAUUGACUGGGGAAUGAUGUUUCAUGGCGUUAUAGUGUCAGCGUCGCAGGUGUUAGCAGUUGAAAGCGUUAUUAUGGGUGCUGUGGUUUAUUUAGCUUGUCUACUUUGUUCUCCGAUAACGGCUGGCUUUGCUUUUUUGGGUGCACUCAUCGGUUCAUUGGCGGGUAUUAUACUAUUUUUGUGUUUAAUGCUUGGAAUACAAAUCGAUGAAAUUUAUGCCGGCUUGUGGGGCUACAACACUUUUCUGACGGGAGCUUCGUUAGCAACUUUAUUUGCGUUUAGCGGACAAACAGCUGUAGCUGUGAUCGUAGCAAUCGUAUACACCGUGAUCGUGCAGUAUGGCGUAUUGUUCUUCUUUAGAGAUCUGAAAUUGCCGAUACUGUCGCUACCGUUCAUUCUGGUGACAUCUUUGUUUCUGCAAUUAAGGAACAACUCAGAAGAUAAAACUUUUCUGCAAGCCCCGCCUAUUUCUAUACCACAGGAACAACGUCGGGAUUAUCUUGCCAACCAACGGCUUAUUCAGCAAAUAAACGAUCCAGAAAAUGUCGGAGACGGUGCUAAAGAUCGAAAAAAGAUAUCAACACUUGACGUUUAAUGAUAAAAUAAGCAUAAUGCGGUAUUUUCAUUUGCGCAUUUCAUAUGGAAGUUUUAUAGAAAUUUGAAUUCAAUGUCUUGUAUCUGCUUUCACUCGCUAUUUCUUCUCUCAUAAAAAAUACAUUGGAUUGCUACAACGAAUUUUUAACGAAAGCAUUCAAGAAUCUACAAGUCGAUCAAUAAAAUUACUUGGCUGCUUUUUUUAGCUUACGACGUGGAGUCCGUGUCGUAAAUUCGACGGAGAAUUUUCAUUUGUCCUGCAUAACGACUACUGCGUCUGUUCUUUCAUUGCGUUAACUACGUACUUUAUGUAUAUCAGACAUUCGGAUUUGUGACACGAUUCCUUAGAAAAUAUGAAAAAAAUACUUUCAAGUUUUCUCUUGUAUAUGAUGAAUUGAUAACAAUUUUCAUGAAUAGAGACCAAGUGCGAGGAUACGAAUAGAGAAACAAUGUGACGCUGCUUCAUUAAAAAUAAGUUUUGCGAAUAUCUUCUUUCUUUCCUUAUGAAUUUAUUGAGGAUAGACUGUAGUCAAAAAAAUUUACGCGUCGCAAUAAUUUUGUAAAUAUUUUAAUUCCAAUAAUAAAAUAUCUAUAGUACUGGGUGCUAUUAACUAUGAACAUUUAUAUUUUAAUUAUUCUUCUAAUAUUUCAAUAUGAUACGAAAAGAAGAAAGAGGGUAGAUAUAUGAUAUUCGACAGUGCCACUUUAUUUCUAUUUUUAACAAUCCUGGCAUAAUCUCAUCCUGUGUUCUAGUGCUUUUCGCGGACGCUACUAUUGUAAUAUAUGAUAGUUGUUUCAUACUUUGUAAUAUAUGUAACUACAUAUUCAUGUAAUUUCCAAGCAGGAAUAUAUCGAAUAUUUCGUAAAGGUGAAUAUUUACAGAACGACGUUAUUUCCUUUUAAUAUAUUACGUUGCAAAGGGUAUCUGUUUGUUCAUGCAAGAUUGA